UACCAACCACACUGCCACAAGUGCCCUGGCCAAGCCAUUCCUCCUGUGUACAUAGUGUGUACGGUGGGAACAGGCUUUGUUGCGUUUAGUCGUUGAUUGUAUGUCCUCGUGGUUAGUUGGAACCUGGCCCUGAGCCUCGUUUGCACCGUUCUACGUGUUGCCUGUACUCCCGAGUGAUUUGUGCUGAGACCAGGGUCCACUUCGUGUGUGUCUUUAUCUGGUUAAUGAUGAACGAAACGGGAAGUGGAAGCGAAAGUUCUAGUUCUGCGGGAGGUUCCGAUUCUCCCCCGAAACAAGCUGUCCAAAAUGCGAUCGAAAACAGAGCUCAGCGCGAAUAUCGCGAAGAGAUCGUCAAGGACAUGGCAAUCGAGAAAAUGAAGGAAAACAUGGAUAAAAUCGUGACCAAACUCACCAACGACAUCGAGCAGAAGAUGGACAUUGCGGUUGAUGAUCUGUUUACGGAGGUGAAGCAAUUUAAUCUCAAAAACUACGAGCUGAAGCAACUAUUUAACGAAAAACCACGUGUCGAAAGCUCGACACGCGGCAAGAAGGGAGUGCGAUCGGAUGGAAAGCUGCCAGAGAAGGAGUUUGUGGCACGAAACUCGCUCCUAACCGAUCUGUUUGAAGUGAAGCACAUCAAGACGAUCUAUCAUAUUUUUAUCGUUAUUUUGAUCAUUUUGUUCCUCAAUACGGUAGUGCAUGACUUUGUCGACACCGGAAGCAUUAAUCUUGGCUUUCGGCCGAUUGUGGCUGGAUUUGGGAAGUUUCACAUCGCCCUCAUGCUGUGGGCCUGCAUGCAGUUGUCCACUUUUCUGCUUUAUCCUUGCUUUCGGCUUUGGGCCUCCAGUCGGCGAAGCUUCAGACAGGCUUCCGGCUUACGCAGGCUCUACGAUAUCGGUGCCCUCGUGACGUUCGUUGCUUACCAGUGUGCAUUUGUUGUUCUUGCCAUCAAAGGACUCCUGUGGUUUGAUCUUCCACCUGCCUCUUCUGCGGCCUACUUGAUGGAAAUGACACGUUUCCUGAUGAAGGCACACGCCUUCAUACGCAGCACCGUCCCGCGAGCCCUGGCCACCGAUGGAAAGAAGAAUCCUGACUCGAAACCGACAAAUCCGGAUGCACACCGGCCACUGCCCGCUUUCUCGAAGUACGCCUACUUCCUCUUCGCACCAACGCUCGUGUACCGGGACGAGUAUCCUCGUACUAAACAAAUCCGGUGGCGUAUCGUUGCUCGUCAUGCGCUCGAGGUGGUCGGUGUUAUCUUCUACAUAAGCUUCAUAUUGGAACGAUUCCUGGUGCCACUGUUCGAGAAGUUUGGUCACGCCAAGAUCAGUUCCGGUAGCUUCGUCCUGUCGCUGUUCGGUAGCAUCAUGCCAGGUUCGCUAUCGUUCCUGUGUGCCUUCUACAGUUUGCUGCACGCCUGGAUGAACGGAAGUGCCGAGUUGCUGCGUUUCGCCGACCGGAUGUUCUACCGCGACUGGUGGAACGAAUCUACGUUCGCGGGGUACAUCCGGUCUUGGAAUGUAGUCGUCCACGAUUGGCUUUAUACAUACGUGUAUAAGGAUUGUGUGGAGAAUGUUUUUCGGAACUGUCGGCCACUUGCAACGGUGGCCGUGUUUACCGUGUCCUCCGUAUUCCACGAAUUGAUCCUGGCGUUCAGCUUCCGCUUCUUCUAUCCCGUGAUGUUCGUCCAGUUUGAGUUCAUGGGUUUACUGAUGAUGUUCCUGACGCGUGGCAUGGGCAAGGAUGUUGGAAAUGUGCUCCUGUGGUUGAUGCUUUCGAUUGGCAACGGUUUGCAUCUUAGUUUGUACAACAUGGAGUACUAUGCCAGGCGCAACUGCCCCGGAAUCGGGGACUCGGUAGUAGACUAUCUCGUGCCGGUCUCGUGGUCGUGCAACGGCAUCUCGCAUAACCCCAACUGGACCAUCACGGCACCGUGGAGCAUGGAGUGACCGUAACACAAAGUUGUGGGGAUGCGAAGACUGAUUAGAUAUGUUAGGAUAAUAUAUCGAAAGCAUAUAAAAUAAAGACAAACUAAAGUUCCCAUCGAUGAUGUGCCA